CUUAUAUCUUAAUUAAUUAUAAGUUCAUGUCUUCUUUUUUCUUUCUGGAUGUUUUAAAUUUCAGAAAUAUUUUUAUCAUUUCUAUUAUACAUUUGAGCUGUAAGAAAAUGCACAAGUAGCUCUUAUAUUUACAUUUGUUAUGCGUCAGUUAGAUUUUAUUCCUAUAAAAUUACUGAUGGUCAAAGUUUUACAGAGUUUUGAAGUUAUCAAAUGAGGAUAAAUAUUACUUUGAUAACCUUACUGAAAACUACUGCAAUUAUAAUGAUAAUCAAUAGUUUUGUGUUCAUCAACGCUGAAUCUUGGCAUAACAUCCUACGUUUGGUGAAGAGAAAUACUCACAGGCAUGAAAAAAGCUCUAGUAAAGACUUGUAUAAAUUAAAAAAUGCUCUAGAAAAUUAUGCACUUCAAAUGAAUAGUCACAAAAGUAUUGGACUUUUAGGCGAUCCAAUUAAUCUGACUCAGAGUAAUAUAGACAAUUUUACAGAGUUUAAUACUGAUUCAGAUCUCGCACUAACCUUGUCAAAUUACAGCAGUGAUGCAAAUUCAAUAGCUGAUUAUAUUCAAGAUAGUAACUUCAAAGAUUAUAUAUCUGAGCAAACAAUCAAGCAUUCGAAAUAUUCAAGUAAAAGUUCCACUCUUACUACAGUUCAAGUUGUAUCGAAUAAAUCACAUUUACACUGGAGUAUAUUACAGUUUUCACUCGGUUUAUUAUGUCUCAUGAUACAUAUGAUAUGGUUCUUAUGGUUAUUAUAUCAUAAUGUACUGAUCAAAUUCCGUCAUCAGUCAGCAUUUCAUAAGUCUAAAACAAAUUCUUAUUCCAAACCGCUACAUGAUGUUGCCAGUGAUUUUUCGACAAAACGAUACCAGUUAAUACUACGCACCGAGUUACACUUAAGUUUUGUUGGUACUAUUUAUGGAUUUGUAAUAUCAAUUCGAAGAAUAUCAAGUCUUGUACUAGGUCCUGAAUGGACUUCAAGUGUUAAGCAGCCAAACUUAAUCAGUCGAAAUUAUUUAAUGUGUUAUUUAACGCGACACAUAUCACUAAGUCUACUGACUGUUUAUUGGAUUUCCAUUCUCCUCAUGAUUUUGAUUAACAUACACUAUAUUAAGUCUAUUUAUUUGGUGAAUUCUGCAAAAAUCCCGUUAAUAAUUGGUACCUUCACUCCUUUAUAUAUAGCUUUCAUCAUUUCGUGGAUAUUCUCUAUAGUUAUUAGGAUAGGUAGUUUAUUAAUUAAUUAUAAUCUGCAAAAAUAUGCAUUGAGACAUUUAACAGAAUCAAAGCGUUUGACUACUAAACAAGUAUUGAACUUUGAAUGCAUGAAUACAAAAGAUUUAGAGCAUCAAAAAAUGUAUUUUCAUACUGUGUGUCAUCAAACCACAUUUGAACAAUGGCUUGAAAUACUCACAAAUGUAUUGUGUGAUAUCUUACCAAAUUUUCUAGUCUUUACUAUAAGUAUUUUCAUUUGUUUUACUGCACAUAGGUCAAGAAAUAUUAUGCAUAAAACGUUUACCUCAAGUAAACAAACAACUGGGCUAUGUCCUCGUAACUACAACGGUAGUAAUAGCACAAAUAAAGCAACUUUUAGCGAAUUAUCGAAAGAUGUAGAGUGUUCACCUGUAAAACUUUAUGGUGAAAAAACACAUUCCAUGGAAGUCUGUAGCUCAUCCACAUCAUGUUUAACUUAUCAAUGUGAUGUUUCAUCUCAUUGUUUUCCAAAAAAGUCUCAACAAGAACCGAAAAAAACCUCACGCAUUACAACACUUCAUCUUAUGCAUCAAAUAAUUUAUUUUUCAGUUUGUUCCUUUAUCUUAAGUUUAUCUUUGUUAAUAAAUCACACUAUACGCUUAACAGUUUAUGGAAAAUUAGUAAAAUCACAACUGAAAUACUGUCAUUCAUGGAAUUUUAAUCAAGGUUUGCACGAACCUGAAAAUGUUGAACUAUUUAAACUAGUACAUGAAAAUUUACACAUUCCUUAUUGGCAAUUACAAGGAUGUAUUUUGGUUGAGAUUUUAACCACUACACUUGUACCAGUUAUCUGUUUUACACAGAAAACGUUUACAGCAUUAUUCUGUAAAUCAUGUUGUGUGCUACAUAUACCAGAGGACGAAAAAUAUACACAAGGUAUAGGAAUGCUGACAAAAGAUUCUGACUUUAACUAUAUUAAACCAACAAAGAUGAAUCAUGUUAAUAUUUUAAACGUUUCAUCACCAGUCAGUUCGCAUGUGUUAUCUACACCAGUUGAUGAUCUAGUCAAUUGUAGUUCCAUUAACACAUUCAUUCCAUCGGCAACACAGUUUGCUCAGACAUCAACAGACACUAUCAUUCCACCAUGUGAACUAUUGAAAAUACAAAUGUUUACAAGAGCACAAUUUGAGCAAAAAACUCACUUAUCACAGAUAGACAGGUAUCACAAACCAUCAUUUACAAGCCUACCAUCAUGCUCAAAUGAACCAACAACAACUCUUGUACCUGUAUCAAUAAAAUUAGUAAAUUUGCAGCCUUUAUGCUGUCAACCAUGUGAUAUAUUUACUAACAGUGUAAAAGAUGGAAUUACAACAGACGAUCAUGGAACAGAAUGUGAGCUUUUAAAUAAUGUGAAUAAUUAUCCUAUUGAAGCAACGGCAUCAAUAGUAAAGCUACACGUUUUAUCAGAUUCCAGUGGAUUCAAUGAAUAAAAGGAGAUUAUUGUUAUCAGGCUUAAAAAGAUGUUUGGCAAGUUCUUUCAUUGUACAUGACUAUUUAUGAACUAUACAUUUGUAAAUAAAAUUUAAUACUAUAUUUAUAUC